AGGCACUUACAUAGUGUAGGCCUACUUAGGACUACUAAUAAGUCUCUUCAAGAGAAAAGUUUUUUCCUAUCUUUUUUACUGAAAUAGUUAUCCCUAUCACCCUCACACCUACUCUAUCACCUUCGAGAGAAUAGUUUGUCUCCUAUAUUUUUACUGAAAUAGUUACACCCACCACCCUGACACUAAUUAUCAUGGUUGUCAUGUCCUGAUCUCCUUCUUCAGAGCUCUUACAAAAAACUUCAGUAAUUAUAGCCUCCUUGUAAUCACCUUGAAACGCUGUCCAGAUUCUCAGAUUUGCUUCUAUAUUUGCAACAUUAAUGAUCUUGGUGAUUGAUGAAAUAUUAUUGUUUCGGCUACUUUGCAGCAAUCAAAGCCAAAUCUGUGCUCCUCAAUUCACCGACUAUUUUCGCUCUGAUUUGAGCUUCUAUUUUUGCAUCGAUCUCUGCAUCAAAACGUCGUCGAGUCAGUUUAUCAUUUGUCUCUCGGAUUCAACAAAAGAGUUCAUCAUCAGCUCUUUCAUCAUCCAAGUCAUAAUAAUGUGAAAAGAACCACACUCAAUAAAUUAUGUUUUUAUAUUAGCUACACUAACUUAUCUCUUUUAUGUUUACUACUAUAUUGAAGCUUUGUUUCACAGAACACAUGAGAUUCACAUAAGUUCACAUCUCAAUUAACUUCCCAAUAUAUUCACCCUCAAUUACGAGCUUUUCAAGAAAUAAUCAAGAUGGAGACUUUUAAUGCUUGAAUUGUUCCCUUCCUCUGAAACAAAGGAAUAUCAUAUAUUUUAUGGAGACUUUCAACUUUUUCAACCUGCACAAGGCAAAUGUUAGAAAUAGUUGCAUCCUGGGACUUCUAGUUCCUGGACCCAAGCGUCAAGGAGCUUCUUUCAAGGCUUUUGUUUUUGCCUUAGAUGUCUAUCAAGUUUCGGUCUUUUGUUUCAUGAUAUAUGGAAUUUUCUAUCAAACCAGAAUUCACAGUAUUCUAGUAGAUAUUGAUGCAGCUUACUGUACAUUGUUUGGCUUUGCUGUGUCUUUCUACUAUUCAUUUUGCACAAAAAGCUUUGAAAACAUUCUUUCUAAAAUUGAUGAAUUGACCGAAGCUUGCAUUUCAGAUCCCCUUGAUAAGGGUCAUACGUUUAGGACAAAUAUAAUAACUGAGAAUGCUUUACUUUCAAAAUGUACCUCAAUCAUUCCUCUCUCAAUGUCUCUUUGUCCUUUCAUAUUCUAUGCUGUUACAAUUGUGAAAAUGAUUAAAAUCAGUGGUGAAGAGGAGAAUGAAUCGGGAUCUAUUGAUCACUCGCAAAUAGCUGAGGCAGCUCAGGUUGUGGUCAGUAUGAUGAGCAUUCAGCUGGGAAUCACAAGAAAGGCGUCAGUCGAGUGGUUUGUCCUCAGUUUGAUGGCUCACAUUCGCACCUAUUUCAAUCAUCUCGAAGCAACCCUCAUGCAAGUAUUCCAACUCGAUAACAACAAUGUUGAUGAGCAACUCAAUUCUUCUCACUUCGGAAACCUAUUCAAUCAUAGCCAGGGAGUCGCAUUGCCAAAAGCUAAAGAUAAAUUAAAAUUAUGGAUCCAAAUACAUCAAAAACUAUUGAGAUUAACUGAAGAUUUGAUAAGAGUUCUCUCACCUUUUCUGGCAUUCUACUUGGUCAACAUAACAUCACUUUCAGCGCUGACUGUCUAUGCAAUAACAAUGGAUAAGGAGUUGAAUCUUGUCGAAAAGAUUUCCAUGGGCUAUUUUGGUGUGACUUCAAUGAUAACACUUUUCUUCUUGUGCUUUUUUGGAAGCCAACUAUAUCUCAAGAGUGAGAAAUUAGCAGAAGCAGCUUUUUGGAAGAGCUUCGAAGAUGGAGAUAGUACUGUGAGCAAAGAGGUGCACUCUUGCUUAAGAUUGAUAUUGUGGCGCUCUCAUUCGCCUGUGCUCUUCGCCCCCUACAAGAGUCCUACAUUCACUUUCACUAAUGAAAGCUUUGUCUCUUUUUCAAGAUCGAUCAUUUCAUUUUUCUUUGCAAUAAAGAAAAUACGAUCCAUGACUUAUUGAACAGAAUGCGUACUGAUAAGCAAUCACAGUAUAAUCUGGUUUUCAUUAACUUGAUUGUUUGAUGAUUUUCCAGCAUUAUUUAUCGUUUAUCGCCUGAUAAAGAGUGCCCACCGAAAUAGCAUCAUUUUGUUACCUCACAUCAUUUUUGUUUCACUGUCGAUGAAUAAUAAAUACAUGGGAAAAAACUUUGUGAAUACGU